UGUCCCCGCCUUCCCCCUGCCAUUGGCGGGGCGGUUUCGGCGGGCUGAGCGGAGGUUAGAAACGCUCCCGGAGCGGUUAACGGGCCGCCAUCGCCGCCCGUCAGCGCCGCCGCCGCCAUGGAGCUCGAGGAGUCCUCGUCGCCCCUCCGCCCCCUGGACGAGAACCCGCGGGUGCCCAAGGGCGAUGGCGCCAAGAAGCGGCUCUCGGUGGAGCGGAUCUACCAGAAGAAGACGCAGCUGGAGCACAUCCUGCUCCGGCCCGACACCUACAUCGGCUCCGUGGAGCUGGUGACCCAGCAAAUGUGGGUUUUUGAUGAGGAUGUGGGCCUUAACUGCAGAGAUGUGACCUAUGUGCCUGGCUUGUACAAAAUCUUUGAUGAGAUUCUAGUCAAUGCUGCAGACAACAAGCAGAGGGAUAAAAGCAUGUCAUGCAUUAAAAUUACAAUUGAUCCAGAGAAUAACAUGAUCAGUGUGUGGAACAAUGGGAAAGGUAUUCCAGUUGUUGAACACAAAGUGGAGAAGGUCUACGUGCCUGCUCUUAUUUUUGGACAGCUAUUAACAUCAAGCAACUAUGAUGAUGAUGAAAAGAAAGUCACAGGUGGUCGAAAUGGCUAUGGAGCCAAACUGUGCAACAUAUUUAGCACAAAAUUUACAGUAGAAACCGCAUGUCGUGAAUACAAAAAAUUAUUUAAGCAGACCUGGACAGACAACAUGGGAAAGGCUGGUGAAAUGAAACUGAAAUAUUUUGAUGGAGAAGAUUACACGUGUAUCACUUUCCAACCUGAUCUGUCAAAGUUUAAAAUGACAAUUCUAGAUAAAGACAUUGUGGCUCUAAUGUCUCGAAGAGCAUAUGAUAUUGCUGGAUCCACGAAGGACGUCAAAGUUUUCCUAAAUGGGAAGAGACUGCCUGUGAAAGGAUUCCGUAGCUAUGUGGACCUCUAUGUAAAGGACAAAGUAGAUGAAACUGGUAAUAUGCUUAAGGUUAUCCAUGAGGAACCAAAUUCUCGGUGGGAAGUGUGUUUGACUUUAAGUGAAAAAGGCUUCCAGCAAGUUAGCUUUGUCAACAGCAUCGCUACCACAAAGGGUGGCAGGCAUGUUGAUUAUGUAGCUGACCAGAUUGUGACUAAACUCAUUGAAGUUGUGAAGAAGAAGAACAAAAACGGAGUUGGAGUGAAGCCUUUUCAGGUGAAGAACCAUAUGUGGAUUUUUGUGAAUGCUUUGAUUGAAAACCCAACCUUUGACUCUCAGACUAAGGAGAAUAUGACUCUGCAGGCAAAGAACUUUGGCUCAACAUGUAAACUGAGUGAAAAAUUUAUCAAGGGUGCAGUUGGCUGUGGUAUUGUUGAAAGUAUCCUAAACUGGGUAAAAUUUAAAGCUCAGACCCAGCUGAACAAGAAAUGUUCAGCUGUGAAACACACUAAGAUUAAGGGCAUUCCUAAGCUGGAUGAUGCCAAUGAUGCCGGCAGCAAGAGUUCUAUAGACUGCACGCUUAUCCUGACUGAGGGAGACUCAGCCAAAACACUGGCUGUUUCUGGUCUAGGAGUGGUUGGUAGAGACAAAUAUGGAGUAUUUCCUCUUCGUGGGAAAAUACUCAACGUCAGAGAAGCUUCUCAUAAACAGAUUAUGGAAAAUGCUGAAAUCAACAACCUCAUCAAGAUUGUGGGUCUACAAUAUAAAAAGAACUACGAAGAUCACGAAUCUUUAAAGAGUCUUCGCUAUGGAAAGAUUAUGAUUAUGACAGAUCAGGAUCAAGAUGGUUCUCAUAUCAAAGGCUUGCUGAUUAACUUCAUCCAUCAUAACUGGCCAUCUCUUCUAAGACAUAACUUUUUGGAAGAAUUUAUUACUCCCAUCAUAAAGGUCUCCAAAAACAAAGAAGAAAUACCAUUCUACAGCAUUCCUGAAUUUGAAGAAUGGAAAAACAAUACACAGAAUCACAAUUCAUGGAAAAUCAAGUACUAUAAAGGUUUGGGUACCAGCACAUCGAAGGAGGCUAAAGAAUACUUUGCAGAUAUGGCAAAACAUCGAAUUGGCUUCAAAUAUUCUGGUCCUGAGGAUGAUGCUGCGAUCACCCUGGCCUUCAGCAAGAAGAAGGUAGAAGAGCGAAAGGAAUGGCUGACUAAUUUCAUGGAAGAUAGAAGACAACGGAAGCUGCGUGGCCUACCAGAGGACUACCUAUAUGGGAAAAAUAGUAAUUGGCUGACAUAUAAUGACUUCAUCAACAAGGAGUUAGUGCUGUUCUCAAACGCUGAUAAUGAAAGAUCAAUCCCAUCUCUGGUUGAUGGUUUGAAGCCAGGUCAAAGAAAAGUUCUGUUCACAUGUUUCAAAAGAAAUGAUAAGCGGGAGGUGAAGGUUGCUCAGCUGGCUGGUUCUGUAGCUGAGAUGUCCUCAUACCAUCAUGGUGAAGCAUCACUGAUGAUGACUAUCAUUAACUUAGCUCAGAACUUUGUGGGCAGCAAUAACCUCAACUUGCUACAGCCUAUUGGACAGUUUGGCACAAGGCUGCAUGGUGGGAAAGACUCUGCCAGCCCUCGAUACAUCUUUACAAUGCUCAGCCCGCUAGCACGGUUGCUGUUCCCACCGAUGGAUGACAAUAUCCUCAGGUUUCUGUAUGAUGACAAUCAACGCGUGGAGCCAGAGUGGUAUAUCCCCAUCAUCCCAAUGGUGCUGAUAAAUGGGGCAGAAGGGAUUGGUACUGGCUGGUCCUGUAAGAUCCCCAACUUUGAUAUCAGGGAAGUUGUGAAUAAUAUUCGUCGGCUGAUGGAUGGAGACGAGCCCUUGCCAAUGCUUCCUAGCUACAAGAAUUUCAAAGGCACAAUAGAUGAGCUCGGACCUAAUCAGUAUGUGAUAAGUGGUGAGGUGUCUAUCCUUGAUUCUACAACCAUUGAGAUCUCUGAGCUGCCUGUCAGAACAUGGACACAGACUUACAAAGAGCAAGUUCUGGAGCCAAUGUUAAAUGGCACUGAGAAGACACCCCCGCUAAUCACAGACUAUAAAGAAUAUCACACAGACACCACAGUGAAGUUUAUAGUGAAGAUGAGUGAAGAAAAACUAGCUGAAGCUGAAGCAGUGGGGCUGCAUAAGGUCUUCAAACUCCAAACAAAUUUAACCUGCAACUCCAUGGUUCUUUUUGACCAUGUCGGCUUUCUCAAGAAGUAUGAGUCUCCCCAGGAUAUUCUAAAAGAGUUCUUUGAACUCAGACUCCGAUAUUACAGUUUGAGGAAAGAAUGGCUUAUUGGAAUGUUAGGUGCUGACUGUGCAAAACUGAGCAAUCAGGCUCGUUUCAUCCUGGAGAAAAUAGAUGGCAAAAUUGUGAUUGAAAACAAACCCAAGAAGGAGCUCAUUCAAGUCCUUAUUCAGAGAGGGUAUGAAUCUGAUCCAGUGAAGGCCUGGAAGGAAUUGCAAAACAAGGAAGAAGAAGAAGAAGAGGAUGAGAGUGACAAAGAAUCAGCUCCAGCUACUGGACCAGACUUCAACUAUCUACUGAACAUGCCCCUCUGGUAUCUGACUAAAGAAAAGAAAGAUGAGCUCUGUAAGCAGAGAGAUAGCAAAGAAAAGGAGCUGGAAAACCUUAAGUGCAAGAGUUCCUCUGAUCUAUGGAAGGAAGAUCUUGCUGCCUUCGUUGAAGAACUUGAUGCAGUGGAAGCCAGACAACUUCAGGAUGAGAUGGUAGGAUUAACUGGCAAACCUUUAAAAGCAAAAGGAGGGAAACCAAAGGUGAAGAAGAUGCAACUGACAGAAAUAAUGCCAUCACCUCAUGGCAUAAGGGUUGUUCCUCGGAUAACUGCAGAGAUGAAAGCAGAGGCAGAGAAGAAGACUAAAAAGAAGAUGAAGAGUGAAAAAAAUGAAUCUGAUGAGAAUCAAGAAGGAAACUUGUCAGGAGAUAAAGAGUCUUCAAGCCUUAAACAAAGAUUAGCACGGAAGCUUAAUACUGAGAAAGGUACUAAGAGACAGGCCACUUUACCAUUUAAACCAGUAAAGAAAAUGAAGAAACGAAACCCUUGGUCUGACUCAGGGUCUGAUUCAGAGUCUGAUGAUAUUGAAGUGGCUCCUCGGAGAGAGAGAGUGGUUCGCCAAGCAGCAGCCAAAAUCAAGCCCAUGAUCAAUUCAGACUCGGAUGAAGAUCUCACCGGCUCAGAUGAAGAGUCUGAAUUUCAGGGGAAGAGUGAGGACAACUUUGACUCAGAUACAAGCUUGAAAGAAAAACCAGCUCCAAAGCCCAAAGUUGCUCCGAAGAAAACUACUGAAAAAACAGCCAAAGCUCCCAAACCACAAACUGUGCAAAGUGCUGUCUCUGCCCAAGUCCAAGAUAUUGAUGAUGAAAAUGUGAGCCAAGCUCCUACAGCUCCUUCUGUCUCCAUGCCUUGCAGUAAAGUGGCACCUAAAAAACCUGCUGCAGUUAAGAAGGCCAGUGCCACAAAGGGUAACCAGCCAUCCAUCAUGGAUAUUCUAGCCAAGAAAAAAGCUGUACCAAAAUCCAGCAAGACAGCUUCGAAGGAGGGCUCCUUAGAUUCUAAUGCUGAAACAGUGGUUCCCAAGAAGCCUGGCCCGACCAAAGGGCGAAAAGUUACCAAAAGACAGCCAAGCUUUUCAGAUUCGGAUUCAGAUUUUGGCUCAAAGCCUUCCAAAUCAGUUGCGGCUAAGAAAUCCAAGCUGGAAGAUGAUGAUAGCUAUUCUGUUGAUUUAACCGCUGAUGUGGACAGUCCAGUGGCUGCGCCCCGAACGAGGCCCGGACGUCUCAGAAAACCUAUGAAAUACUUGGAGGAGUCUGAUGAGGAUGACAUAUUUUGAAUUUUAAAGAUUUUUAAACCGCUGAUCCAAAUUGAUCUAUAAAUUUGCUUUGGGCAGAGUUCUUGGCAGGCUCUCACCAAAGAACUACAUCUCAGAUCAGAAAAUCUUUUACUGAGUUAAGCUUGUCCCGAAAUGUUUGAUACAAGUGAAUACAGCUCUAAUUUCCUUUGGUUUUAAAUAAUUUAAAUUUGUUUAAACAAGAACACCCUUCCCCCUUUCUUCUGAACAAUGGAGCAAUAAUGUGCCCAGCUAGUGCUGAUGAGCUCCCCUCUUAUCCAUUAGCUAGCUGGAGGUCCUGGUAAUUCUUUUGACUCUUUAUGGUCAUUUUAAUAUCAGAGCAGACUUUUAUACAUACCAAAUCUUAUAAAAUACCUUCUCAUAUUAAUCCCCUCCUCUUCAGAGAAACUUUUUUUAAACUGCACAACCACAGAGAUUUAACAUGUGAGAUGCAAGGCGCAUAAAACUCCAUGCUAGUGUUUUUCUUUCUCUACUCUUUCACAGUCUUUUAUGUCUGUGCAAGCCCCUGUUGCUCAAUUUCUGUCAUGUUGAGUUUUAGCCUUUGGUUUUUAAAAUCAGAUCUGGUAGUGAAGGUUUGUGCAGACUUGUCUCCGCACUGUACUCAGUGUUGGCAGUUUUAUCGUCUGUCUUACUGCCAGGAAACCCCAUGUUCAGCCCAGAGGUCAUCCUCAGGUGAGAGGUGCUUGUGACUGCAAAAUACUUUGUACCAUUAAAGAGCUAAAUGGAUGUUUCUGAGCUUAGUGCCUGAGGUGCCAUCUGAGUGAAGCUGGCUGUUAGUGAGGAGGGGAAUCCAGCGUCAGGCUGGACAGAGAUUCUUCAUCCUAGCAAAGGAGACAAAAAGGAACUUGGGUCUGUGGGAACUCAAAAGCAAGCAGGUGGAUAUUCCAAUGCACGUAUUGGAAAGCAGCGGGUUCUCCCAUGUUGGGCUCCUCUGCUGCCAUACUUGGCACUAGAAAAUGCUGUUCCACAGAAUGGCUGCUCAGCAGCAUGAAGUUCCUCAUGCCAGUUCAUGCUUCAAACUCGGAACAUGUUUGUUCUUGGGGACAAAGAGUGACUUCCCCUUCUACAGGCUGAGCUGCACGAAGAGUGCAGCCUCCUGUGAGGUCUGUUCGUCGCCUCUCGGCGCUGUUAAGUGGUUGGACUGUUCAGUGCAGUGGCUAGAAGUUGGUGGCCACAGGCAUCUCACAGACUGGGCAUGGAAGACUUGCAGCGCUCAGGUUCCUCAGCAGAAAGCAGAGAAGAAAAUCUUCCUCUUCAGAAGUACUUCACUGGAGUAUUCAUCUAUUAAAUGUUUUGCUUUUCUUGGAGCCAUUUUUAUGGCACUGUGCAUUAUUUCUUGACUGUCUAUGUAAAUAUUUUUUGUGUUUUUUCUUCUGUUUUCCUGAGGUUCUGUCCUUUUUAAUAGAUAAUAAAAGGUUUUUUUGCACAA